AUGCGGGAUGAGCUCAUAUGUAUCGCUUCGGCAUCGGCCGGCGUUCUUUCGCAUCUUCUCUACUUCAUCCAUGGAAAUAAAUCCAUGCAGGCGCCAAAAAUUCUUGUUUUCUACUUACUGGCAGUGUGGGCGUUCCUAGGGACUGUUCUAGCUAGUGCCAUGCUGCUGUCCUAUUUCAUGGCCCUUUUUACUAGUAUCUCAGUGUAUCGCCUCUUCUUCCAUCGUCUUCGUCACUUUCCUGGACCAUUUGCAGCAAAACUCACAAAGUUCUAUGGACCCUACUCAGCUUGGGACGGGAAACUACACGUUAAACAUAUCAAACUUUUCGAGGAGUAUGGAGAUAUAGUAAGGACUGCACCAAAUGAGCUCAUUGUGCUUUCAACAGAUGCCCAACAGAAAAUACACGCAGCAAGUUCCCAAUGUUCCAAAAAAGAUACUGCUUAUGAGGCCAUCAACUAUAAAGGCUACCAAAACAUAGAGACCAUACUUACCCGCGAGGAGCAUCGCUGGAGACGACAAGUCUGGGACAAGGCUUUCAACACGAAAACUUUAGAAUCGUACGAAAGUUACGCUCGCGAAGUAGUGUACGAGUGGUUGGGGAAGAUGGCGUCUUUGCAAGGCCAAAGGGUAAAUACUUCAUUGUAUUCCCUUUUAAUUCCAUUUGAAAACAUGGGUCGCAUGGGAUUCUCCAUCAAUUUUGGGUCUAUCCAAAAUGGUAAAGAGGAUCCCAUGUUGCAUUACCUUGAAGAAACGCUUGGUAGCAUCGGGAAACUCGGUGCGAUGUGGUGGCCGAUUGCCUUAUUGAAUUCUAUUGGGGGCAGUAGAGAUCACGUUGAAUUUCAAAAGCUGGCAUGUAGGAUGGUGGAUAAGAGAGAGAAAGUAGCGGAUGAUGAACGUGAGGAUAUCAUGAAGUAUCUGCUCCAAGAUCAUCACGAAAAGGUACCAAAGGCCAUGCAUGAUCACGAUAUGAUAUACUCAGAUGCCCAAGCUCUUAUGGUCGGGGGGACUGACACCAUCGCUGCUGUAUUGUCAUUUGCUUUCUACCAUUUGGCACGCGAUCCUACUUUCCGAAACAAACUACAUGCAGAACUGGAGCCUCUCUAUGGACGCACAAUAAUUGGCGAAUUCACAAACUUUGACUUGAGUGAGGCUGAGGCGCCGUACUUGAAUGCGAUUAUCAACGAGACGAUGAGAAUGGACAAUCCGACAUGUGCUAAUGGGCCUCGGAUAACUCCGCCUGAGGGACUUGAGGUUGACGGCGUAUUCAUUCCUGGAGAUGUAGUGGUAUAUACGCCGAUACAUGCGAUGCACCGAAGCUCGAAGUUUUUUAAAGAGCCAGACAGCUUUAUCCCAGAACGAUGGACUACGCGGCCUGACCUGAUCAUUGAUAAGCGGGCGUAUCAUCCAUUCCUUCUCGGUCCUCACAACUGCGUUGGAAAAAGACUCGCCAUGAUUGUGAUGCGAUUUGUCUUGGCGUAUACGAUUUGGUAUUACGACUUUGAGUUUGCUCUGGGAGAAGACGGAAUUGCUAUUCAUCGGGAUGCAAUAAAUGGGCAAAUUUUAAAGCCGGGCAAGCUGGAAUGUGUGUUUACGCAGAGGGCUUGA